CUCUUCCACAUCACCUUGGUGUCUCCCUAAAUAAAACCAGCCCUCCUUAUCGCCUGGAAAAAAUCAGGAGCUAGAGUUUGAAUGGGUUUUAUAUAAACACUCACCCCUGUCAGCUUGCGGCUGGGCUCUCAGGAUAAACCCACUGCGUCUGGCCUGACGCUUGCCUUGGGUUCUCUCUCUUGAACGUCAAGGUUUAAGCAGCGCUGGAGGACUGGAAACUCUUCUCUGAAAUUCGAUCAACCUGAAGCCAGUUGCGGAACUGCACAGGUCCCCAUGGACCUCAAGGAGAGCCCCAGCGAGGGCAGCCUGCAGCCCUCUAGCCUCCAGAUCUUUGCCAACACCUCCACCCUCCACGGCAUCCGCCACAUCUUCGUGUAUGGGCCACUGACCAUCCGGCGUGUACUUUGGGCUGCGGCCUUCGUGGGCUCCCUGGGCCUGCUGCUGGUGGAAAGCUCCGAGAGGGUGUCCUACUACUUCUCCUACCAGCAUGUCACCAAGGUAGACGAGGUGGUGGCCCAAAGUCUGGUCUUCCCAGCCGUGACCCUUUGCAAUCUCAAUGGCUUCCGGUUCUCCAGGCUCACCACCAAUGACCUGUACCAUGCCGGGGAGCUGCUGGCCCUGCUUGAUGUCAACCUGCAGAUCCCGGACCCGCACCUGGCUGACCCCACGGUGCUGGAGGCCCUGCAGCAGAAAGCCAACUUCAAACACUACAAACCCAAGCAGUUCAGCAUGCUGGAGUUCCUGCAUCGCGUGGGCCAUGACCUGAAGGAUAUGAUGCUCUACUGCAAAUUCAAAGGGCAAGAGUGUGGCCACCAAGACUUCACCACAGUGUUUACAAAAUAUGGGAAGUGUUACAUGUUUAACUCAGGCGAGGAUGGCAAACCUCUGCUCACCACGGUCAAGGGGGGGACAGGCAACGGGCUGGAGAUCAUGCUGGACAUUCAGCAAGAUGAGUACCUGCCUAUCUGGGGAGAGACAGAGGAAACGACGUUUGAAGCAGGAGUGAAAGUUCAGAUCCACAGUCAGUCAGAGCCACCUUUCAUCCAAGAACUGGGCUUUGGGGUGGCGCCAGGGUUCCAGACUUUCGUGGCCACACAGGAGCAGAGGCUCACAUACCUGCCUCCACCGUGGGGCGAGUGCCGAUCCGCAGAGAUGGGACUCGACUUUUUUCCUGUUUACAGUAUCACCGCCUGUAGGAUUGACUGUGAGACUCGCUACAUUGUAGAGAAUUGCAACUGCCGCAUGGUCCACAUGCCAGGGGAUGCCCCUUUCUGUACCCCUGAGCAGCACAAGGAGUGCGCAGAGCCUGCCCUAGGUCUGUUGGCGGAAAAGGACAGUAAUUACUGUCUCUGCAGGACACCCUGCAACCUGACCCGAUACAACAAAGAGCUCUCCAUGGUGAAGAUCCCCAGCAAGACAUCAGCCAAGUACCUUGAGAAGAAAUUUAACAAAUCAGAAAAAUAUAUCUCAGAGAACAUCCUUGUUCUGGAUAUAUUUUUCGAAGCUCUCAAUUACGAGACAAUUGAACAGAAGAAGGCGUAUGAAGUUGCUGCCUUACUUGGUGAUAUUGGUGGUCAGAUGGGAUUGUUUAUUGGUGCUAGUAUCCUCACAAUACUAGAGCUCUUUGAUUAUAUUUAUGAGUCUGAAGAGAUGUCUCCCUCAAGAAGCAGCGGUAAAAAAGCCUCCGAAAGCUUCUCAAACAGCCGACAACUGCUUCUGGCCCUGAGAGCUUAUGGUGCCCGUUAG